CCCCCAUACCAACCGUCCCAAAUACAACCGUCCUCUAGGCCAACUGUCCCCACAAAAAUCGUUCCCAAGACAAUCCUCCACAAAACAACCAUCCCAACACCAAUGGUCCCCACGCCAACGGGAACCGUCACCGAGACAACAAUCCCCACGCCAACCGUCGCUGAGACAAUGAUCCAGACGGCAUUCGUCCCUGAGGGAACUAUCUCCAAGACAACUGUCACCGAGACAACCGUCCCCACACUAGCUGUCCCCGAGACAACGGUCCCCACGCCAACCGUCGCCGAGACAACGGUCCCCAUGCCAACUAUCACCAAAACAUCGGUCCCCAUGACAACCGUCACCAAAACAACAAUCAAGACGCCAACCGUCACUAAGACAACUGUCCCCAAGCCAACCAUCAGCAUGACGACCGUCCCCAUGCCAACUGUCCCCGAAACACCCGUUACAAAGACAGCCAUCCUGAAGAUACCUGUCCACAAGACACCCAUCUCAGAGACACCCAUCUCUGAAACAACGGUCCUGGCGCCAUCCGUCCACACGCCAACCGGACCCGAAACAACCCUCCCCACGUCAACCGCCCCCACACUAACCGUCGCCAAGCCAACCGUCACCGAGACAACGGUCCCCACGCCAACUGUCCCGACGCCAACCGUCCCCCAGGCAAACCGUCCCCCAGGCCAACCGACCCCAUGCCAUCUGUGCCCACGCAAACUGUCUCGGACACAAUCAUUGCCAAGACAACGAUUCCCAUGCCAACCGUUGCCUAGACAUCUACAUCCCCAUGGCAACCGUCCCCACGCCAACCGUCGCCGGGCCAACGGUCCCCACGCCAACCGUCGCCGGGCCAACGGUCCCCACGCCAACCGUCGCCGGGCCAACGGUCCCCACGCCAACCGUCGCCGGGCCAACGGUCCCCACGCCAACCGUCGCCGGGCCAACGGUCCCCACGCCAACCGUCGCCGGGCCAACGGUCCCCACGCCAACCGUCGCCGAGACAACGGUCCCCAUGCCAACUGCCGCCAUGCCAACCAUCGACAACACAACAAACCCAACGCUAACCGUCACCAGGACAACAGUCCCCACGCAAACCGUCACCAAGACAACGGUCCCUAUGCCAACCGUCGCCACACGAACCGUUGCCGAGACAACAGUCCCCAUGCCAACCGUCAACAUGCCAACCGCCACCGAGACAACGGUCCCUACGCUAACCGUUACCGAGACAACAGUACCCACGCCAACCGUCGCCGAGACAAUGGUCCCCACGCCAACCGCCGCCACGCCAACUGUCACCGAGACAACGGCCCCCACACCAACCGUCGAUGA